UCAAAAACAGAGAGGCGGUGCUUUGGCUGUGCAACGACUGACCCAAAUCCACACGUGAUCCCGCUGUAGUUCCAGGUAGUCACAUCUCAGAGCAGGAGACCAUGGCGCAGACGUUGAGGCUGUGUGUUGUUGCCGUUCUGGCCCUGGCCCUGAUCAGCCUGAGCCAAGCCCAGGGGCCCAGCGAGGAGGACCUGGUAGAGGACAUCAUGGGAGACGAGAUGGACGUCGAGGACGACCUGGACCUGGGCAUCGCCGGAGACGAAGAGGAGGAAGAGGAGGCAGCCAAGGAGGCGGAGCCUGCAGCCCCGGUCAUUCCUAAAGUGACCUACAAAGCACCCGAGCCAAUGGGAGAGCAUUUCUUUGCGGAGUCAUUCGACCGGGGCACCCUAGACAGCUGGGUGCUGUCCAAAGCCAAGAAGGAGGACAUUGAUGAGGACAUCGCCAAGUAUGACGGUCAAUGGUCUGUGGAGGACAUGAAGGACAGCAAGCUCCCCGGAGACAAAGGCCUGGUUCUGAAGUCCCGGGCCAAGCACCACGCCAUCUCCGCCCAGCUCCUCCGCCCCUUCAUCUUCGACAGCAAGCCGCUCAUCCUCCAAUACGAGGUCAAUUUCCAGACUGGUAUUGACUGUGGUGGAGCCUACAUUAAGCUGCUGACUCAGACCCCAGACCUCGACCUGGACCAGUUUGUGGACAAGACCCCGUACACCAUCAUGUUCGGACCGGACAAGUGUGGCGAGGACUACAAGCUGCACCUCAUCUUCCGUCACAAGAAUCCGAAGACGGGCGAGUAUGAGGAGAAACACGCCAAGAAACCCGACGCCGACCUGCGGACGUACUACACCGACAAGAAGACCCACCUCUACACGCUAGUGCUGAACCCUGACAACAGCUUUGAGGUGCUGGUGGACCAGACUGUGGUGAACAGUGGAAACCUGCUCACGGACAUGACCCCCGCUGUGAACCCCGCCGCCGAGAUCGAAGACCCCGAGGACAGCAAGCCGGAGGACUGGGACGAGAUGCCCAAGAUCCAGGACCCCGCUGCCGUCAAACCCGAGGACUGGGAUGAGGAUGCACCUGCUCAGAUCCCCGAUGAGGCUGCUGUGAAGCCCGACGGCUGGCUGGACGACGAGCCCGACUACAUCAGUGACCCCGAAGCCGUCAAACCCGAAGACUGGGACGAGGACAUGGACGGGGAGUGGGAGGCUCCACAGGUGCCCAACUCGGCCUGCGAGGCUGCCCCAGGGUGUGGCGCCUGGCAGAGGCCCAACGUCGACAACCCCAGCUACAAGGGCAAGUGGAAGCCGGCCAUGAUCGACAACCCCAACUACCAGGGCGUGUGGAAGCCCCGUAAGGUGGCCAACCCGGACUUCUUCGAGGACCUGCAUCCGUUCCGCAUGAGCCCCUUCAGCGCCGUGGGCCUGGAGCUCUGGUCCAUGUCCUCAGACAUCUUCUUCGACAACUUCUUCAUCACUAACGAGCGCCACACGGCCGAUAGGUGGGCCACGGACGGCUGGGGGCUGAAGAAGGCCGCAGAGGGCGCUGCCGAGCCCGGCCUGGCCACACAGAUGCUGACGGCUGCUGAGGAGCGUCCCUGGCUCUGGGUCGUCUACGUCCUCACGGUCGCCCUGCCCCUGGUGCUCAUCGUCGUGUUCUGCUGCACCGGCAAGAAGAAGUCCCCCGAAGCGGCCGAGUACAAGAAGACGGACGAGCCCCAGCCGGACGUGAAGGAGGAAGAGGCGGCGGCGGCGGAGGCGGAGGAGGAAGAGGAGGAGGCGGCGGUCGCCCCCAAGGAGCAACAGGAGAGCGCCCCAGCAGCAGAUAAGAAAAGUGACGCAGAGGACAGCCCUGCAGAGAAAGGAGAAGAGGAGGAGGAGGAAGCGCAGGACGAGAACGAUGCCUCAGCUGAGACGCUGGAGGAUGAUGUCCUCAGAAGAUCUCCCAGGAACAGGAGAGUCAGGAAGGAAUGAUCCGGCUGUUAGAGCUCCGCCCUCCUGUCCCCCCGCCCCGUCUUCCACCCUCUCCUCUGCUUCCACUCUACCCCCUCUCCCACCCCCUCCCACCCCCUCCCUCCCUCAUCUGAGUUGGAGUAGAUCAAAUACAACCCAUGAAAGCAGUGGCGCCGUCUUUCAUCAAAACACGCCACCACGAUUUUUGCCGCGGACAUCUGAUACUGAAGAUGAUGAUGAUUCCAUUUUGAUGAAGACCGAUUAACCAUGUAGCUCAAGGAUUCUUUGUUAGUUUUUUUUUUUUCCUGGAAAGGGUAACUCCUAAAACUUCCUGCACCAUUCCGAAUCAUGUGAGCAGAUGCAAACCGGCGCUGGCCAUGUCGAUCGCUCCCUACAACGCCAGCGGUGUUUGAUUAGCCCUGUUUACGGUUAGCCUACUAGCUGGGCUGCUAUUUAACUUAUAAGCUAGAUCACUUGUUAACUCUGUAGCCUCUGCUCAUCGGCUCCAAUCGGCAGCCCUUGUUCAAGUUGUUAAUGGGAAACACUAGAGCUUGUAAAUUAGAAAAACACAUCUCCCCAACCCUUAUCUCUCUCUCUCCCUCCCCCUCUGUCAAGCUUUUCAUCUCUCGCUCUUUGAUCUGCUGUUUCUCGGGUUCUGUGUUUGUUCAAAGUGAGAUGGGCUCUAUGUAGCACAGACACUGGUCACGGAAAAGCGCCUUCAUGUUUGUUAAUGUUGUAAUAUCAGUGGAUUCCUUGUGUUUAGGGGAUGCUAAACAUCUCACCCCCUGCAUGACCCUGUGUGUGUCCAUUUGUGUUUUGUAUGCGGUGGUGAGGGCCAAUGUUCCCAGCCCCACCAAGGUCAAGGCUUGAGAGGAAGUGGAUGAGGUUCAUUCUGUUUGGUUCAUAAAUUUAUUUUCUUUUUUUUUUAUAUAUAAAUACUGUGCAUGGCUUUUUGUUAUUUUGAUUUUCUAAGUGUUAACUCCAUUGAGAUUUUUUUUCUUUCUUCCUCUAGUCUAUGUACUAACCGGUUGUAGUAGUUUGUUGAGAGUAACUUUUGUAGAAGAGCAGUGUGUUCAGGUUCCAGACGCUGCCAGUCAGUCAGCCGGGUGAUUGGUCCACUAGAGGGCGCUAAUCGUAUGUGUGAUGUAACGUCGCUGGCAGGAGCUUUGGGUUGUCGUUGCAGGGAGUCAUUCCUGGGUUCCUCAACGCUGAGUCAUGCUUAUGAAAUGGAGCACUGGCUUCACCCACACAUGCCGUGGUCUCCUCUGGUGACUCAGCUCAUCUUGGAGCACAAAUAUUAUGCAGCAACAGACAGCCACACACACACACACACACACACACACAAACAUACACAACCCGAUUUGUCAACCUGCCUCCUUACUCUUAAGCAGACCAGGGAGACUCUACUUCUAUUCUGUCCAAUUUACCCCAUAUUAAAUGAGGCACUAAAAAAAAUAGGAUUGCUUAUCUGUGAAGUUAUGAAAUGUUCCUUGUUGUGCUUUAGACUAAGACUCACUUGUGAGCUGUUCACAAGUAUGAGAGCUCAGAGUUCAAGAGUUUUGUGUUUAUUUGCCCCAUGUUUCGAAAGAUUUGGCACUUGUGAAGGAACCAUAGAUAACACAUUGAAUCACACCCUCUGUGAGCUGUCUGAUGCUGCUGACCACUUUGAGUCCAUUUUGAGGUCCAAUUGCAAAAUCCAGUUGAGUACUUCCAUGGUAAUACUUGGAGACAAUUUGAUGAGCUCAAAUCUAGUCCUGUAUAUGUGAGCUUUCUGAUGUAUUUAUAUGAUGUGCUAAGUAGCUAGACCCGGAUUGGCUCCCUUCACACUUUUCACCAUCAAGCCAUGUGCCUAUUGGUCGAUCCACGGUGAGUUCAGACUGCUGAUGCAGUGUUUCAUGAUGGUGAGCAGGCAUGAGAAGAACAUCUUAGAUCAUGUCAUGCAAGGAAUAGACUGACGCAGGUCACAAGCUCACCGGUAGCUGCUACCUACUUGGUCACGUCAUUUCUCAUGGCAACAAAUGGUUUUACUCUACAAUCAGGAAUACUUGGUUUAGAUUCUGCUUCAAGGAGAGGAGAGAUGGGAGCUUUUUUUUAUUUUUAUGUUUUUAAUGUCGGGAGACGUCAAAGAUGUUGGAUAAUCUCAAAGGGUAAACGCAGCCAGUUGGUUUUCACUGUAAACCAGACCUCUAAUAUGUCCAUCCAACAUCCCACCUCCCCCGGGCAGCCUUGUGUUGGACGUCUGAGAACAAGAAUGUCCGAAGUAACAUCCAGAAGAUGUGAACGAUGAACAUUCUGAGGAUGUGUUUGGCACGAGAUGUUUUCCUCUUUUUUUUU